CUGCCCAGCAUCCACAGUCAUUAAUCAGCUCUGCUCCGGGAACGAUCACAUCACAGCGCAAACAGCACCAACCAAUCUCAGUCAGAAUACUUGAAAAAAAAUCGCGUCUUCGUGACCCAACAAGGAAACCACUGAAACAGCACAAGUGUGUUCUAGACCGUUAUCAGUAGAGAAACGCGCUCUUCAUUGACCCUUAAACCAACAGAAGAAAAAAAAACGUGUUAAAAGAGUCAGAGGAACGUGGCUGCGUUAAGAAGAAACUUUUCCCCCAUCAUUGACGCAUGUUUAGUGCAAUUGAAGAUUAAGUGGUAUUUUGACUAAUUCUAACGGAUUAGUUUCAAAAACGUGCAUUCUCAUCAACUUUCAAUCAAAGCAAUCCUGUGAUCCCGGUGUGCUGAUUAUUUUAAAAGAUAAAAAGUGCGCGGCCUACUGUGAAUGAAAAUCUGCCAUCAUGCAUCUCUCGAACGGAACUGGCCUACUGUUUCCGACGCUCAUGUACCUGGCCAACUACCAGGACCAGGGUAAUCCGUUGAUUACCGAUGAUCCGAUGAUUGCCAACGAGGAGUAUCGAGCAGAUCCCAACAACGUGGUCUGCUACGGCGUGUACGGUUGCUUCCCCAUUACUCCACCGUGGACCGACGAGCGACGCCCGAUCGCCCUCUAUCCGCAGAAACCUGCCAAAAUCAACGUCCAGUUCCCGGUGUUCAACCACCACACCCGCUCGAUUCCGAAGUUCAUAAAUCUCGACGAUCCGGAUUACCUGCUGGAUGUGGGGAUCAACCCCGGUGGAAAGAUCUACUUCAUCACCCAUGGGUUCCUGCAGAGCGGCAAAGCCAAGUGGAUCGAAAAGAUGAUUAACAACAUUCUGGAUCAAGAUCUGGACGGUACUGCAACCUGCGUAGUAAUCGAUUGGGGUGGUGGCUCAAGUCCCCCGUACAAUCAGGCCAGUGCCAACAUCCGGUUGGUGGGGGCGAUCACCGCCAGUGUGAUUCAUAUGAUUUAUGAGGAACUCGGCCUACCGAACUUGGACAACGUUCACCUGAUUGGGCACUCUUUGGGUGCUCAUCUUUCCGGCUACACCGGGUACUAUCUACAGAAGGAUUUCGGGCUGAAGUUGGGCCGAAUCACCGGAAUGGAUCCGGCUGAGUUGGCCUUCACGGAAACGGAUCCGGUCGUGCGAUUGGACACUACCGAUGCCAAAUUCGUAGACAUUGUUCAUAGCGAUGCGACCCCUAUGGUUUCCCAAAUUGGCCUGGGGUUGUACGAGCCGAUUGGCCACCUGGAUUUCUAUCCCAAUGGAGGCUUCAAUCAGCCGGGCUGUGAUCAGACGUUUUGGAAGCGACAGGAUGGAUCGUUUAUUUCCAGUGUGUACCAGUUCUUCAGCUGUAGUCACGUCCGAUCGGUGGACUUCUUCAUCGAAAGUAUCCGGAGGAAGACCUUAGCGAUCGAUGGACGGAAACACGAGUGCCCGUUUAAGGCGAUCACCUGCGAGAGCUACGAAAAAUUCAUGGCCGGCGAUUGUUUCGAUUGCAACAAGGAUGGCCACAUGUGUUUCACCUUUGGGUUCCACAGCCAGGACAGCUACCGACAGAUGGUUAAAGCGAAUCAGAUCAUAGGUCAGCCGGACAUCAAAGCGUACUUCAUUACCGGCCCAACGGGUCCGUUUUGUCGAACUCACUACAAAAUGACCAUCAAGGUGUCCAGCACCUCGGAAAGUAUCGAACACGGAGGCGAAAUUGGACGGUUUCACCUAAAGGUUCAUGGCAGUAAUGGCACCGAAUCUGACGAAAUGCUUUUCAACGUCGAACCGAUACUCUUCGAGCCGGGUAACGAGAUGACCCGGGUCCUGGCCGGAAGUACCGUCGGCAAACCUCAACGCCUGACCGUGAGCUGGGAGUACAACACCAGUCUACUGAACCCUCUGACUUGGCGAAUACUGAACUCGCCGCGAGUCUACGUCGAAUACAUCGUGCUGCAAACCCUCGAAUACCGACGCAAGAUUCGACUCUGCCCCAGCUACAAUCUACCGGUGACGAGCAACGUGGACAGCGUUUUUACUCAGGAAAACUGUCGACUUCACCCGAAAGCCAUGGAAACGGUGUUGGACUGAGUCGUCCGUUAAAUCGGAAAUGAGUCUACAUAAGUGAUCCGUCCUUUUUGGAGGAUGAACUGUAUUUCGGUUAUUUUCCAACCUUUUUGGAUCAGCCUGUAUUCGCCUGUGGCGCAAGUAUCAAUGCAAAUUAUCAGUAAGGAAAACAAAACUGAACAGACCAGUGCCAUUUUUUUAAAACAUUUUUGUUAGUGAGUAGAAUAAAUACACUUUACGGCUUAAGUUUUUAACCAAUACAAA